CGUGGUCAGUGUUCACUUCCCGUCUUCCCCAAACAGACAUUUUUGUCAUUCCAGUUUACGGAAAACGUUCACAGCUUAACCGUAGCAACCAGAAAUCUGACUCAGAUUUAUUCUAAAAAAAACAAAAGAACAAAACAAGGACUGCUUUUUGUAUUGACCGGAUAUCGGAGUCAAGAUGUUUUACACAUGUGGACCCAAUGAAGCCAUGGUGGUAUCUGGCUUUGGCCGUUCUCCUCCUCUAAUGAUUGCUGGAGGAAGAGUGUUUGUCCUCCCGUGUAUUCAGAAGAUCCAGAGAAUCACACUCAACACCCUGACUCUAAAUGUGAAGAGUGACAAAGUCUACACCCGUCAUGGUGUCCCUAUCUCUGUCACUGGCAUUGCACAGGUGAAGAUUCAGGGCCAGAACAAGGAGAUGUUGGCCACCGCCUGUCAAAUGUUUAUGGGCAAGUCUGAGGGUGAGAUUGCCACGAUUGCACUAGAGACACUGGAGGGACACCAGAGAGCCAUCAUUGCCCAUUUGACCGUGGAGGAGAUCUACCAGGACCGUAAGAAGUUCUCUGAGCAGGUCUUCAAGGUGGCUUCCUCUGACCUGGUCAACAUGGGGAUUGGUGUUGUCAGCUACACGCUCAAAGAUGUUCAUGAUGAUCAGGACUACCUUCACUCCUUGGGUAAAGCCAGGACAGCCCAGGUGCAGAAGGAUGCCAGGAUCGGAGAGGCUCAGUACAAACGAGAUGCUGUUAUGAGGGAGGCCCACGCAAUGCAGGAGAAGGUUUCAGCUCAGUACAAGAAUGAGAUUGAGAUGGCAAAGGCCCAGAGAGACUACGAGCUGAAAAAAGCAGCCUAUGAUGUCGAAGUCAACACCAAGAAGGCUGAGUCAGAAAUGGCCUAUCAGCUUCAGGUGGCCAAGACCAAGCAGCGCAUUGAGGAGGAGAAGAUGCAGGUUCAGGUGGUGGAGCGGACACAGCAGAUUACACUGCAGGAGCAGGAGAUCACUCGCAAGGAGAAGGAGCUGGAGGCCAAAAUUAAGAAGCCUGCAGAGGCAGAGAAAUACCGACUGGAGAGGCUGGCUGAGGCGAGCCGCCUGCAGCUCAUCAUGGAGGCUGAGGCCGAGGCCGAGUCCAUCAGAAUGAAGGGCGAAGCAGAGGCUUUUGCCCUGGAGGCUAAGGGUCGUGCUGAGGCGGAGCAGAUGGCCAAGAAAGCCGAGGCCUUCAAGCAGUACAAAGAUGGAGCCAUGGUGGAUAUGCUGCUGGAGAAACUGCCGCUGAUGGCAGAGGAGAUCAGCAAGCCACUGUCAGCAGCCAACAAGGUGACUAUGAUAUCCAGUGGAGGCUCAGAGGUGGGAGCAGCCAAGCUCGCUGGAGAGGUGCUUGAAAUCAUGACCAGGCUGCCUUCCGCUGUGGAGAAACUCACUGGAAUCAACAUCUCCCAGGUUACAGGAAAGACCCCCCUUGUGUAUUAAGAAGAGAGGGAGAAUAGAAGUAAUCAGGAGAGGUGUCACCGAUAUUCAGACUAAGAGCUCCACAUCUCCUCCUUGUGCCUAUAACCACUGUAACGACUCCACGCCACCGUAGUCUGUCUGUGUGCAUGCACGUGUUUCACUGUGUGUCUCUUUUGUUGGUUUGUCCUCCAUCGAAAUGGGAUGGGUCCUUCUUUAUGUGGUUUCUUUUCAUGUUCCUGGUCUAAGCUGUUGUGCUUUCUUUUCCUUUUUUGCUUAGACAAAAGCCUCAGCUGACUUUAGCCAGUGAUAGUCUGAGUAGGAAUUCCUGUCUUUGCUGUCUUAUACUUGACCUUCAGUAUGCAAGUUUUUAUUGUUAUCUUACUGCAAUCAGUCUAAUUUUCCCUUCAUAGGGACUGGGUCAAUAAACUGUAAUUCCUUUUUAACUUUUUAAUGUAGGAAAUGUUUAUAGCUGUAUUUCAUGUAAAGGUUUUUUGUGCCUUUCAAUUCAUUAAUGGUUUCUGAGCCUCUUUAUUACAGCAUCACCUCAUAACUUUGUGUGCGGGCACAUCGCUGCUGUCAAUGUAGUUCAGUAAUAUUUACAGCUUAAUUUUUAUUUGCUUUUUGUGCACUCGUCAUUUGUAAAGAGACAAAGGGGUUACUGAUCCAAAAUGUUUCUGUAUAGUAACUGACUAUAUUACUGGACCCAAAAUCAUAUCAGUUGUACUGCAAGUGGGAGGAUUUUCUUUGUGUUUCAGAAUGAAAAGAAAGGAAGUGGUUGAUGGGAACAAGCUGAAGGGGUUUCCUAUUAAAAGCAAUGAAAGUAUGUUGUGAUGGAAAAAAAAAACAAUGUUGAUUUGAUUUUGCUGCAGUGUUUUCUGUAUAUGGUGAGAGUAAAGAAGGACCCUCAUUAACUAACCAACAUUAACUAACUAUGUUGCUUUGAUGUAUUUGCUGCCUGUAGUUUAAACUGACAUAAGGGAGAUAGUAUGACGCUUGUUGUCUUUUUAUUUGGUGUACUGAUUUUCCAUGACAAUGUGAUGCUAAGUAUUAUAGAUUUUGCCGGGUUUUAGCGCUCAUGGUUAUCGAAGAUUUUAAUUGACAGUUCAGUACCUCUGAUUGGGAGCUGAUUUAUAUCUUCUUUCAGACUCUUUACUAAGCUGCCAAGCCUUACGAAUGUUGUUAUCGCCAAGUGCCUGGUCAAAACUCUUCAACAGUGAAGUCAAGCUGACUUCUAGUUAAGCCUAUUACUCUUCUCUGUCAGGUGAUAUUUCCUCAUAUGCAACUGAUCGUAAGCCAUUGGCUGUCACUAACGACGGCUGUAGUUAAAAGCCAAAUCUGUGUCUACUUCUUUUGUAUGUUCUCCUGACUAAUCUUUUACUCUCCUUUAAAAAAAAAUGUUCUGUUGCAUGUCUAUCUAUAUAAGCCGUUUUUACAUAGUGUGGAAGUUGUAUAGUGUCAGAUAUUCAAGAUUUAUCUAUAGUGAAAUGUUAUGUAAACAAUAAAAUAUGGUGUAAUCACCAAAAACUGUU